UUGGUCCUCAAGAUUUUAGGAGCUGAAGGCAUGUGCAGGAGAGUGAGAGCUUGAGAUCGGCUUCAGAUGUGUGUGAGAGAGAGUGUGUGUGUGUGUGUGUGAGAGAGAGAGAGAGAGUGUGUGAGAGUGUGGAUAAGUGUUAGGUGGAAGAGUGUGACUUUGGACUGUUUAUUACCGGUGCAUUCGCGGAAGAAGCGGAAAAGUUCAACUCCGGAUAAAAACAAUACCGAUACCGACACACGAUGGAUAACGAUGGUUAUGUCCUCAGUAUCCCCGUCCCUGUGUUGCGACGUGGAGGCUCCGACUCGAACCUGUAUUCCUCGAGUGACCUUCAGCAGAAGAUCCUGAAGGCGAAGGAGCAGCUGAGGGUGGAGCGCAUGGAGCAGGACGACAAUGUGGCCGAGUUCCUCAAGCUGGUCAACAUGGCCGACAAGCAGCAGGUGGGACGAAUCCGGCAAGUGUUUGAGAAGAAGAACCAGAAAACAUCUCACAACAUCAACCAGUUGCAGAAGAAGCUGGAACAGUACUACAAGCGCGUAAAGGAGAGUGAGAACAACAACAACAACAACACAUCAAAGAACAGCAGCCCUAAAGACCCUGCUAAAGAUCCACCCAAGGACAUUCCCAAGGAGCAUCCGAAGGAGACGAGCAUCAACGUACGCCAUCACUGCCUGGACAAAUUCAAACCUGGAGGUCCGGCCACGUCACUCUCACCACCAUCCAUCUUCAACAAGCCCAGAGUGUUCGCUAAUCUCAUCCGCAACAAAUUUGGCAGCGCAGACAACAUCGCGCAGCUCAAGCCCUCGCUGGAUGAAGCUGGAGGGCGAGUGUUGAGCGGCAGCGCCACCAUUGUUGGCCAGUCCAAGUUCCACAUCGGAGAUGAUGACGAGUUUUCCACAGGUUCUUCAGCGGACAGUAACGGAAAUCCUGCUGUCCACAGACACGACCAAAGCAACAUCAACGUCGUGCUGGAGGAACUUCAGGAGAUCCGUCAGUCCCAAAUGAGACUCGCUGAAGACAUGGAGGUUCUGAAAGAGAACAUGAGUGGAGAAGAGUUCCUCACACAGAAACUCGAGGACGAGAGAGACAGGGUGGAACGUCUGGAGGAGCAGCUCAAUGAUCUGGUCGAACUUCACCAGCAUGAGAUGGCGAAUCUGAAGCAGGAGUUGGCCAGCAUCGAGGAGAAAUUGGUUUAUCAGUCUAAUGAGAGAGCCAGAGACCUGCAGGAGGUGCUGGAGGCGUGUAACUCUCGGCUGUGUAAGGUGGAGCAGCAGGCGCAGGUGGUGCAGGUGGAGGCUGAAGGUGUGUUUGGUCGUCAUCUCCUUGCGAAAAUCAUCAAUGUGUUGCUGGCCGUCGUUACGCUGCUGCUGGUGUGUGUUUCCACGGUGAUGCGCUGCAUCAUGAGCGGCGUGCGGAGCCGAACACACCUGCUGCUGACGGCGUUGGGCGCGGUGAUGAUCGCUCUGCUCUGGAGGAGCUGCUGACAUGGAACUGCGUCUCUGAACAUUGACGUCCUCAAACAAACACCUGCAGGGAGAACCUGGACCUGGACCUGGACCUGAACCUGAACCUGGACCUGGACCUGGACCUGGACCUGGACUUGGACCUGGACUUGGACCUGGACCUGGACCUGGACCUGGAACUCGUUCUGUACUCCAGAGCCUGAACCCUUCAGCUCUGAAUCAGACUGAAUUCAGUUCAGUGAUUCAGUAGCUGUUUGAUUCAGUUUGUUUUCACACUGACACCAGAUCACAAAAUAAACUGCUACACAAAAAGUUUACAGAAGGGGCGGAGCUUAAAACUAAAUAAAUAAAUCUAAACAUCCUGUAACAAGAGUGAA